AAUCAAAACUACAAGUUCAAUUGACAGUAUUACUCAACAAACAAAUAUAAUUCCUUCAGAUUAUUCUAUAUUAUUUGAUGAAUUUGUCAAUAAGGAUCUAAAUAAAGAUUUAAUUACUGACCAACAAAAUAUCAAUCAACAAAAAAAUAAAUAUCUUAUCGAACAAAUUAAAAAUGAUUUAGAACAUGAAAUAGAGAAUCAAGUUCAAUUGAAUUCUCCUUAUCAAG